AUGGAUAAUGAUGGAAGAAAAUGUAGGAAAACGAAACUUGUUCCACGCGAAAUAAAUGAAUCGGACGAAGAAAUUUUUGCAUUGCAGGUCCUCAACACCUGCAAACCGGACGUAAAAGUAUUCGUAAAAACGCCCCACGAGAAACUAUUGGACCGAGUAUUCACUAGAUGGUGCGAUUGGGCCUCCCUCACUGAGGAGCCCAAAGAUCCGCCGUUAUUCUACAAAUGUUACAUCUGCGAUAUGGCGUGGUGGCACUUGGCCCACUUCCGCGACCACAUACGAACCCACGAGCCAUCGAGCCUCCGCGUCGUUCUAGAAAUGAAUGACUACGUCGAGUGCAAUAUUGUCGCUUACUACAGCAAAUCGGCGAACAAGUACAUCGCGAACAUAGAAGGGAAAUGUUGGAAAUGCGGCGAAAAUGCGUUCGAACAUACGAAAUUGAAGAACUGUGUCGGAUGUAAGAAACGGUUCUACACGUGCAGCAAGCUCCGCCAACACCAGUGGUACUGUGAGGGGUUCAAAAAGAUGCACCUAGACCUUUUCGCCUCAGCUGAGAAGAUAUUUAAAUGUCACCUGUGCCGGUUUUACUUUUUCAAAAAGGAAGACAGUAUAGAACACAUGAUACUGCGGCAUUCUGUGCGGUCAGAUGUGCCCAUACCGGGCUGUGCUGUUUGUGAGAAAUGCAAGGACCUUAUUUCCUAUGAAGAUGAUCAUGUUUGUGAAUCUAAAGAGUAUGUUAAGACGUGUGGUGCGUGCAAGAAAAGGGUCACCGAAAGCAGUGCUGCAUUCCAUCAGAUUGAAGGGAACGUCACCUGCUCUGUAUGCAAAGUGAAAAUAGUAAAUAGUUGUUCAACACAUCUCCACGCACUUCGUCAUACGAUGAACUAUGGAUUGGCGUACAAGUGCCUCACCUGUAAUUUUUUUAUAAUCUUUGACUUGGAACAGAUUCAAAAACACAAAAUGUUUUAUCAUUCCAAUCGUGACUUUGAUUAUGAUCUUAUUUCCGUCCCAAAAACCAUUGUAGAUAGAUUAAAAUCUACGCCAGCCAAACAUGACUCGACGGUUGAUAGUCCAAUAAAUACUUUACUAGUGCCUCAUGAUACUCAAGAUAUGGUGAAUGAUAUAGAUGACGAUGAUGAUGUCAUCAUCAUUGAUGAUGUGCCAGAAGUUAUUGUUAUACCAUCUGAUGACACACCUAACGAUGAUCUUCCUUGUGUCAUUGCUAAUAUUAAAUCCGAACCACUUGAAAUUGAAUUACAAACAUCUAAAACAAAACAUACUGUUACACCACAAAAUGAUUUCGAAUGUAAAACGAUGGUAAUCCAAAUACCAAAAGACACAAAAGACAUAUUUGAAUGCCAUUCGGAUGGAAACAGAAUUAAAGAUGAUGAAGUAAUAUGUAUUGAUGAAAUUAAAAGGGAACCUAAUAGUGAAGUGGCCGUUGAAUCUACACAUAAAAAUUUAAAUAAAAUUACCACACAUAGACGCACGCAGUAUGUACAUGGUAAAGAAUCAUCAAACACGCAAACUGUAAAAGCUACUCCGGAAGAUAUCACAAAGUCAUUGACUAAUAUAAAAAAAUCAAUGGAUAUUACAUAUAAAGAAAUGGAAUUCAUGAAAAAAUAUAUAAAUCAUUCCAGCACAAAUCCAGAAGUCGAUAUAGAAAGAAUGCUACCUUUAGCGUUUGUGAAAACGAAAUGUUCGGAAAGCCCUGAAGUGAUACAGAAGAUACAAAAACCGAAUAAAAUUAAAAAGUUGAGACAAUACAGACCUAAGAUUAAACAGACUCUGCUAACAGACGUUUCACGAAAUUCAGAAUCGGAUGUUAAAAUCGAAGUUAUAAAAAGUGUAGACGUGGUGGAGAAAGAGAAACUUAUAACAGUCGACCUAAGUGAUACACAAUCGAAUGAACAGAAACGAGAAAAAGGUAGACCGGCGGAUAUGUCUAAUAAUUUAGAUCAAAUUACUCCAGAAGUAUCAGAACCGCUAAAGGUAGAAAAAUUAGUAGACACGGUUGUCGAAAUCGAUAUCCCAUGGGACGCUGUUCCAAUAAAGGAAGAAGCUGAUCCGGAAAUGGAUUUAAAAUUAUCGGAUAUCAGAAGGAUAUAUCAUAUCGAUGUUAAUGUCGGUGAAAACGAAAUUGAUAUUAAGCGAGAAAUUAAUGAAUUCGAUCUAACCGGACAAAGUGAGAAUUGGCACCAAGACAACUCUCCUUAUAAUUCGCAACAUUCGGCUGAUGAUGAGUUUGAGAAUGAUUUGAUCACCAUCUCACCAAAUGCAACUUUAAAUACUGAUGAGGAUAGUGAUCAUGAAAGGACCCGAACACGCAGGAAGAAGGGAAAAUGCAAAGUGUGUGAUGCUCACGUCACGCGGCCCGAUUUCAUAAAGCACUGGGACACGCAUCUGGACCUAAAUAAUUCAAAAAGACGCCUCAAAUCACCAGAGGUGUUAUUACCGCAACUGCCCCACGGGUUUCAGACAUUGGACCACGAUGACACUCCAGGCAUUAAGAAAGCUUUAAAUUUAUUCAUGAACCCAGAAAAAUUGAUGGAUAUUGAGAGAAAGAAUUUCCGUGUAUGUAUUUUAUGUGAGCGCCAGUUUAACAGACGAAAUGACUGCAAGCGACAUUUAAUUGAGCACUUUCUUAAAAAUGCUUACUCCAACAAGACCCGGUGCAACGGUUUGAAAUGUCAAAUUUGUGGGGACGUGUUCGAGAAAAUUGACAUGUUCAGGGGCCACAUGCGGUUGCAUGCAUGUCUUCCAGUAUACAAAUGCGAAAUAUGCGAUAGAACAUUUAGUGAUUCCAGUAACUUUUCAAAACAUAAGAAAGUGCACAAUUUCCAAAUAUUGAUCUGCGAUAUUUGCAAGAAGAAGUUCACUAAUAAAGCCUACCUCGCCAAACAUAUAAAGGACCACGAAAGAACCCCGAUAAUAAAAUGUGACAAGUGUAAAAAAAACAUUCGUGUGCAACUCAGCAUACAAGAAACACUACAGGACAAACCAUUCAAGGUGCUUGAGGUUUAG